CGACAGAGCAGGGAUCUUUAUACGGUUACUCUAUGAGUAACAGGUCAAUCGACACUGGUCAGCAUGGGUAUUACGCGAACGACGCGGACGCUUUAAGCAUUGGACAUGGACAUACAAACGUAGACUUGGCUUUAGUGAAUGGACACGUUGUUUCUCAUCAUCAGAAUAUUAAUUACAACACAAAUGUGAAUAAUUCCAUGAUGGGUCGGGGAUUAGUGCGAGGUAAUGGAUACCAGGACUUGGAUGGGCAGUUGUCGAACUGUUUGGAUCCCUACACGGGCUUAUCAGCGAUCACCUGUGACAGUCAGGUAACCCACGGCGGCAUACCACCGCACUCUCCGAGUGGCGGGCGACCGAUGUACGGGAGCCCGUGCAUAGAUACAAUGGGACAUUGCUCAAUACCCAACGGGAAUCACACUGGCUACCUCUCGCAAAUGACGCCUCCUUCGCCGGUGAAAUCGGAGUCCCCUUCGCCGCAGAGUUUGGGCGGUAAGCCCUUCCGGUGGAUGCAAAUCAAACGCAAUCCCGGUAAACAAACAACAGCACCCCCUAUCACCAAAGCAACGGACUACGGCUACCCGACAGGUCAUGUCUCUCCCCCGGGGACAGGGACAGGCGCCGGCUCGAACAUGGGUCGCACCAACUUCACCAACAAGCAGCUUACUGAACUGGAAAAGGAGUUUCAUUUCAACAAGUACUUGACCCGCGCGCGCAGAAUUGAGAUCGCCGCCUCGCUCGGAUUAAACGAGACGCAAGUGAAAAUCUGGUUUCAAAAUCGCAGAAUGAAACAGAAGAAGAGAAUGCGAGAGGCCCAGUUUAAUUCUUCCAAUCGGGAAAACUGUCAAAUUGGUCUGGACUCACUGGGUGUUACUUCCAUGGCGUUGUGCCAUGACACAAGAUAGACGCGCGCCACUAAGGGAGAGUGGUUGAAUACAAGCAUAAUGUCUAAAAACAGAAUUCCUUACAUAGUGUGGGAGAAUUUGUAAUUGCGACCUUACGUUUCACAUAAA